GUUGUGUUUGAACAACCGGGAGUUUUUAUUCAUCUCAUCGUAAAUCCAGAUGAAGAGGAUAAACUGCUAAGUGGAACACUUAGUGUAUAUGAGGAGAGUGGUUACAAAUACUUUAAAUGGAGCCGGGUAUCUUCUGCACCUUUACCUUCAGAUGAACAUGACACCCAAGUUCUUAGUGGAACAUCAAGUGCAGUUGUUGCUAGUGAUGCAACGCAUGUAUCACCAGUCCAAACACAAGAAAUCACAUCCGAGUUGAGACAACCAUCUGUUUCACCUGAACCCAAUUCCUCAGAUCCUGAUUGGACAGUGGUUGCCGAUAGCAACAAACAUGAAGAUUCAUUUGAAAUGGAUGUUGCUUCAUCAGAAUCGCAGAAAACCUUUCCAUUCAAAUAUGACUUCACUGUGGAUAUUGAGGAUUUACGUUAUAUUAGAAAGUCCAAAAAAGGUUUAAACUGGAAAUAUUUGGUCCUUGAGUUGAAAGAUGGAGCAAAUUUACCAACCCUUCAUUUUCAUGAGGGUGGAUCUAAAAACUUCUUGAAGGCAAUCGAAAGUUAUGUGAUGCUUGCUCAAUCAUCAAAAGUUACCCGAACUUUGGAAGUUAUGCCACACAACAACAAUGCACUUACUCAAUCUUUUGACGAAUUAAAUUUGUUUGGUGAAAAUGGACAACAAACUUCUUCACAAAGAAGAGGAUUUUUAGAAACCCCAAUUUCCAGUGCAUACAGUGGGCUGUCAAAAGUGACCAACUACAUUCAAGAUUUCCUAAAUCCCGCUGAGGUUCAUUACCAGACUCGGCCGAAACACGAACGAGCUACUCUUGUUCCAGAUGAAGCCACAGAAGCGGUUGGAUCCAGUCGGAUACAGAUUAAACAAGAAGAGGACACGGCUGGAGGUUUCGAAAUGAUAACUUGUGCGGACCUUGGACCUCGUUCCGAACCAACAAGGUCACUUCCUAUAAAUGAAGAGUUUUGGAACAAUCAUAAAGAUGAAGAAGGAAGGAUUAUUGAUGUCGAUGAAGUUAAAAGAUCUAUUUUUCGUGGUGGAAUUGAUUCAAAUUUGAGGAAAGAAGUUUGGAAAUAUUUAUUAAAUUAUUAUAUUUGGGAUAAAACAACAGCUGAGCUCAAGGAACACAAGGAAAUAAAAGAAGAAAACUAUUACCGAAUGAAAAUGCAAUGGAAAUCAAUUGACGCCGACCAAGAAAGUCGUUUCACCGCUAUCAGAGAAAACAAAUCAUUAAUUGACAAAGAUGUUACAAGAACUGACAGAACCCGAAUAUUCUACGAAGGUCAAGAAAAUGUCAGUCUCAAGUUGCUUAAUGACGUUCUGAUGACGUAUUGCAUGUUCAACUUUGACCUCGGUUAUGUGCAAGGUAUGAGUGAUCUUCUCUCUCCAAUACUUGAAGUUAUGGGAAGCGAAGUUGAUGCUUUCUGGUGUUUCGUUGGUUAUAUGGAUAUUGUGCAACAUAACUUCGAUCUCAACCAACGUGGAAUGAAAGUACAGUUGCGCGACCUCCACACGUUGAUACAAUACAUGGAACCGAAGUUGUGGGACCAUUUGGAAGAAAAAGAAUCUUCCAACCUUUACUUCUGCUUCAGAUGGCUACUUAUUCGAUUUAAAAGAGAGUUCUCAUUUGAAGACAUACAAACCCUAUGGGAGGUUUCGUGGACAGGCCUUCCAUGUCGUAACUUUCACCUAGUCAUGUGCCUUGCUUUGUUAGACACAGAGAAGUCAAGCUUAAUGAAAGAAGAUUGUGGUUUCACUGAAAUACUAAAACACGUAAAUGAAAUGUCGGGUAAAAUCGAGCUCCAAGCCACACUAAGGAAAGCAGAAGGUAUUUAUCUUCAACUUGCUGCUUGUAGGAAAGAUUUACCAGACAGCAUUCGACAAAUACUCGAUCUGUAAACAUCCUACUCGUGGGGUGAUGUCAUACUUUUAUAGUAUGACGUUUCACUUUCUGAUUUGUUAAUUCAUUGCGGUCUUCGUUUUUAUAUAUCUUAAAAUCAUUGGCUUGAAAAUAUUCUUACGCAACAUUAUGCUCUGAAACAUCUCAUUCAUAAACCAUUCUGUCGUCUUUAUCAUCAUUUUUAGACUAAAGCAGUUUUAGGGUGACGAAUUAUUUUCCAUAACUUCGUGUUAUUUUUACCAUUUUUUCUUCGUUAAAUGUAAAUUUCUUAAUUUUUUGUAACCACACCGGCAGGCAUAUUACUGUCGUUUACGAAAUGUAAAUAUAGCAGAAACGGCAUAUUUACAGUUUCAUUUAAAAAUAAAAUCGGUGAUAAAUGCGUGGUGGGUUGGCGUUUUUUUUCUUUCCAUUUUUUGCAUAUGAAGCACUUAGAAAUCGUGUUUACCACAGUUUCUCUUUCUGUGACAAUUAAAUAGCUUGUUACCAUGUCAUG